AUGGCUACCAUUGGGUUCUCUCAUAGUAAAUCAGAUCACUCUUUAUUCGUUUACAAGAAUGGUUCUGCUAUUGCUUAUAUUCUGUUAUAUGUGGAUGACAUUAUUCUUACAGCUUCUUCUGACCAUCUUCGUAAACAUAUUAUGGCUCUCUUGUCUUCUAAAUUUGCUAUGAAAGAUUUUGGUCACCUGAGUUUCUUCUUGGAUACUCUGUAUGAUGAUCUGACUAAGUAUCGUAGUCUUGUAGGUGCUCUUCAGUAUCUCACAUUCACUCGGCCAGACAUUUCAUAUGCCGUGCAGCAGUUCUGUCUUCAUAUGCACGCUCCGAUUAAUGAGCACAUGUGUGUCCUCAAGCGUAUUAUACGCUAUCUUUAG